AGCUGCACACCCGGAAGUAGCCCUGUGUACAGGCUGCAGAGGAGACAGAGGGAGUGCACUGAGUGAGCUGCUAUGAGACAGAGCCUGUGAGUGGAGCUAAUAGACCGUAGAUUGUUACCUAGUAAUGGCAUCUGAAACACAACGCGGAGGUGACCAGCUGGCUUCUGGUGCCACCAAGCUUCAGUUUGUCCCCUUCACUAGCGCUCUUGAUGCUGGAUUUUGGCAUGAGCUCACUCAGAAAAAACUCAAUGAAUACCGACUCGAUGAAUCAGCCAAGGUCAUCAAGGGUCAUUAUUACAACGGGGAUCCUACAGGUCUUCCAACCCGUCUUACCCUGGAAUUCAGUGCCUUUGACAUGAAUGCACCUACACCAGCACGCUGCUGUCCUGCAGUUGGUUGUCUUUACAACACAAAUACUUUGGACUCUUUCAAGUCACAUGAUAAGAAGGCAUUGCUGGACCAAGCAGCCAGUGAGAUAUGGGAAUCAAUAAAGUCUGGAGCUGCUCUUAAGGAGCCUGUGCUUCUUAAUAAAUUUAUCCUGUUGACAUUUGCAGACUUGAAGAAGUAUCGUUUUUAUUAUUGGUUUUGCUUCCCUGCAUUGUCUAUUGCCGAUGGCAUAGAACUGGUAAAGAACCCAGUAUCUCUUGCUGAAAGAUUCUCUAAUGAACAGGUGCUGAAUUUUCAGAAAGCCUAUGAUGACCUCUGCCACAGUGAAGGAGCCAGUCCGCAGCCUUAUUUUUUAAUUCGCUACACCAAGGAUACCUUUUAUAUGUCUCCACUGGGUCAUUUCAGCCAGUUAUUAAAAGAAAAAGAAAAGGUUAUCCUUGGAGUUUAUGAUCCGUGCACUUUAUCGCAGUAUCCUGGUUGGCCGUUGAGGAAUGUUUUAGUACUGGUUUCAUACCACUGGGGCAGCCACCUACAGUCCAUUGAAGUCAUCUGCCUCCGAGACCGGACUUUGCAAGGGGAGAGGGAUAUAAAGCAUAGUAUCAGCUUUGAAAUUAAACUGCCCCGAGUGACACAGAAUGAAGCCUGCCCAAAAGCUGUUGGCUGGGAGAAAAACCAGAAAGGUGGAAUGGGCCCCAGAAUGGUGGAUCUUAGUGAGUGCAUGGAUCCCAAGAGGUUGGCAGAAUCUUCCGUGGAUCUGAAUCUAAAGUUGAUGCGUUGGCGACUAGUACCUACUUUGGACCUCGAGAAAGUGAUCUCCUCCAAGUGCUUGUUACUGGGAGCAGGCACAUUGGGGUGUAAUGUGGCCCGCACAUUAAUGGGAUGGGGUGUUAGACAUAUAACAUUUGUGGAUAAUGCCAAAAUCUCCUACUCAAACCCUGUAAGACAACCACUGUACGAGUUUGAAGACUGUCUUGAAGGUGGAAAAUCAAAAGCUUUGACAGCAGCGGAAAAACUUCAGAAGAUUUUUCCUGGUGUGACCACUCAGGGAUUUACCUUGAGUAUACCAAUGCCGGGUCACCCUGUGAACUUCUCUGAUGAGACUAUGAAUCACGCCUGCAGUGAUGUGGAGAAACUGGAAGCGCUCAUUGCUGAACACGAUGUUAUAUUUCUACUAAUGGACACCCGGGAGAGUCGCUGGCUGCCCACUGUUGUUGCGGCAAGUAAGAAGAAGUUGGUCAUCAAUGCUGCUCUGGGUUUUGACACCUUUGUGGUGAUGAGACAUGGCCUGAAGAAGGGGACACAGGAGGACUCUGAUAUACCUGGCUCUUCUGAUUCCCAGGGGUCUUCUCUGUUCUCUAACAUACCCGGAUACAAACUUGGCUGCUAUUUCUGUAAUGAUGUGGUCGCUCCAGGGGAUUCUACUAGAGAUCGUACUCUUGAUCAGCAGUGCACGGUCAGCCGGCCAGGGUUAGCAAUGAUUGCUGGAGCUUUGGCGGUGGAGCUCAUGGUGUCGGUGUUGCAGCAUCCUGAAGGAGGCUAUGCAAUGGCAAGUAGCAGUGACGAUAGAAUGAAUGAGCCUCCAACCUCUUUGGGUUUAGUACCACACCAGAUACGAGGGUUCUUGUCGAGGUUUGACAAUGUUUUGCCAGUCAGCCUUGCAUUUGAUAAGUGUACAGCCUGUUCUCCAAAGGUGAUUGAUCAAUAUGAAAAAGAAGGAUUCCAAUUCUUGGCUAAGGUUUUUAACUCUUCACACUCCUUCCUUGAAGAUUUAACGGGUCUUACUUUGCUGCAUCAAGAGACACAGGCUGCAGAGCUUACCACAUUGAGCACAAGACAAUAACAUUCCCCCGGUAAACUAUUUGUUAAAAUUCCUACCCCCAGCACAUGCAAUUUACAACUUUAAAUGCUGCCCGCUCCUGUUUUCUUAGUGCUGCUUUCCAGAACUUCUUUAGAAAAAAGAUAAUGGUUGACAGUGCAAUCUCCAGUCAGUUUGGAGGAGAAAGGAAAAGUUGGCCUUCGCUUCCCAGGCUACAGAGCUAUGUGAUUCUAUGAGAGUUUAUGUCACUUUAAGCAUUGCUGACCCUUUGACCUAUAUAUGCUGUUAGGGUUCUUAGUGGUAUAAUCCAUUAACAUGUUUGUUUUAAAUGUUGAAUAAUGUACUUAAGACAAAAUGACCUCCUGUAAGUUUUUAUAACUUUUCCUGCAUUUUUUUUUUUUAAGAUGAUUGCUGUAAAGUGGUCAAUCUUGUUUUUUAUGUUAAGCUAGCUAUAAUUAACCACAAGAAUGUAUUUAAUGUGCUUUAGUGAUGGUACAAGAUUGAUGUGGAGUUCACGUUGUUAAUAAUACCUAAAUAUUUACAGUAAUUUCAGUUAUUUGGAAAUACAUUUAAUAUGUAAAACCUGGCAUAAAACCUAUUCUGAAAUGUUAUUCUGCGUUGAGUCGGUCAGUGAGUUGCCAGUGAAGCAUAGCUAGCCAGUUAGAAACAAACUUUAUAAUUUUCAUUGGUGGUGGACAACCUACUUGGUGGUGGUGGACAAACAUGGUGAAGUUCCUGUGCCAGCCAGUCCUAACAGCCAGUAUGUUCUUCUAAAGUCUCAUACACCCUGAGGCC